AUGAGAAUAUCAAGAGGUUACAGAUACCUUAAACUGUCUUCACUACUACAGGCUAAUAGUGCUAGGCGAAGUAUUAAACCAUAUUUGAUACCCUUACAACGGAAUUAUUCCUGGUUCAGCUCAAAAGCGAGAUCAGAUAUCAUCAUUGAAGAACCGACUGAAAGUAAUGAAAAGUUAGAUAGCAUUAAAGAUACACUCCGAAACACUGAUAUUCCUGUGAAAUUAAGAAGAAAGAUACUUAGCCAAAAGCUUGAACAGUUCACCGAAUUAAAUGAAGAAGAAUUACCAAUUUUGGACAAAUUAUUCAUCGAAACUUAUAAGUUACAUGAUUAUGAUAUCACAUUAAUGGAUACAAACCAAAUUAUAUCGUUGACAGAGAAUAUCUGUGAAUAUCUUGUCGAACAAGAGUCUUUUAAAAUCCCAGAAUUCUUAUCGGUGAUAGUCAUGUCGAUAUUCCAGGGCAAAAUAGCCGUGGAUGAUAAUUUAUUGAUUAAUGUAGUGAAACUCAGUUCAAGAUCGCAGAACGGUGAUUUACUAGAUACGUUGAAAUUGUUAUCUAAAUCUAACUUGAAGGUAAACCUGGAAUUCCCGGGUCUUUUGAUCGAAUCUCUGGACCCAACCAUUGAAUUAUUCGAGGUGAUGUCGGAAGAAUUUGACGUUGAUUCGAGAUUCUAUCAAUUAUACAUUGCAUUUAUAGAAAAGCUAUUCCGAGUUACUCCAAAGGUACACGAACUAGACUUUAGCAGGAGCUUGCUCAGAGUUCAGGAUGUCAGUAAUAAUUUAGUGAGUAACUGUAACUUCAAACAAUUGGACAUUGAAGUUAUUUUGAACCUUUUGAAAAUGUUAUAUGAUUUGAAUCUUGCUAAUUAUUCCGUCAUAACUCAAGCUUUAAUAGAUAGUAUAGUUCAGCAUUUGGAAAAGGAGGAUUUGACCGGUGUGUUCAUGAGACAGAAUAAUGAAGAUUUGAUCAAUGAUACUUUGAAAGUAUUGAUGUCAAAGAAAUCACCUAUUUUACGAACCCUUUUCAAAUCUGUCAUCGAGAAUCCUAUUUUUUAUUCCCAGGAAUUGACAUUGCAAGCAAAAUUCUUCCUCGAUGAAGUCACAGUUGAGGAGAUUUUGUCUUCAGAUAUAGAUUUAAAUAACAUGUACUUGAAAUUGGUAGAAUUAAUCACUUUGAGUGAAAAAUCCGUUGAAUUGAACGAUUUAACGAAAAAGUUCAACAAUGAAGGUCUUGAAACUCCUUUGAUGGCUUAUAAAUUACAAUUGGACCAAUCUAUAACACAUAAGGAUUUCCAAAAGUCUAUACAAAUCUUUGAAUCAAGUGUCUCACAAUUCACUCAAUGGUCAGAAGAGACUAACCCUCAAGUCUUGAAGACUCUUAAUGAUCUAAUAAUCUUAUCUUGUACUGAACCAAUAGAGAAAACGUUUGAAAUAUUCACUAACGUCAAACAGCAAAUGGUUAAUUUUCCUGUUAAUAUUCAUACCAUCAAUGCCAUCUGUAAGAAAAUGUUGGAAUCAGAAUUUGUAGGUGACACUAUAGAGUUAUUGAAAAGAGAGUUGCCUGAUAUAAAGAAAGAUGAUAUCAUUAAAUUACCUAUCGAAUAUUCUUUCGGUGAACCAUACAAGGAACUUUUCACUAUAUUACACGAUUUCGUAAUCUCAUAUACUGGGGAAUCCACAUACGAAACCAACUGGGUACUUUAUGGAGAAUUACAUAAAUACUUUCAUGUUCCUUAUGAUACUCAUUUACCAACAAUGAAAUUUUUUAAUGAUCACAAUAGGCUUGAUUCAUCGUUGGUUAUAUUCAGACAAGUGAAAAAAUUGAAUGAAUUGCAUGGGAAGCAUAACCAUCUCCCACCAUCUAAAGAUAUGUAUUUAUAUCUAUUCCAGGAAUUCGGUGAUAAACUAUACGAAGAGGGGGUCAAUGAGAUUCAUGAGUAUCUUAAAAUGGAUAUUGCUUUGCCUAGACAAGAUUUAGAAUUACAAAAUGCUUUAUUGAAUGCAUAUUCUAAUUUACAAGAUGUGGCCAAAGCAAGAGAUCUAUUUUCCACAAUGUUACCUACCAGACAAUUACAAAGCGGAAUCAACGAGGAAACUGUCAAGAUCAUGAUUAAAACGUACACUUACAGCGAUUUAAACUAUGUGAUAUCAUUCUGGAAUAACAUGUCAACUUAUGGCAUUUUACCUAAUUAUGACAUUUUCAGACAAUAUUUGAUUGCUCAUGUUUAUCAUGGAUUUGCUGAAGAUGCUAUAGAAUUGACGAAUGAGAUGGAUGAUUAUGGACUAGAGUUUACCAAAGAUACUUUGGUUUCCAUGUAUAACUUCUGUUUGCGAUCCGAUAAACAAGAUGUUAUUGAAAAAUGGGCCAAAGACCAUCAUUCUGAGGUAUGGAAAGAGGCUGAAGGAGAAGGACUCCUUAAAAGAUCAGACGAUUAUGAACCCGAUAACUUAUUAGCUGAAGGGAAACAAGAAAUUGCAUCUGUAAACUAA